GGGCUGCCGGGCUGGCCAGCCCCUGGUGAGCCCCUGCUGCCGCUGCUGCCGCUGCCCUCUGCGCCAGACCACGCCGCCGCCGCCGCCGCCGUGCACCACUACCCCUUGCUCCAUGGGCAGUGGCUGUUUGGUGGCCAUUCUCCGUCAAUAGGACUGUCCCCCCCUUGCACUGUGGAGUUGGCACCCACUUUCCCACAUGUCUGCCCAUCUGCUCUUCUACUUCCUGUUGGGAAAAGUUGGAUAGACAAAAGGAUACCUAACUGUAAGAUCUUUUUUAAUAAUUCCUUCGCUCUGGACUCAACAUGGAUAUAUCCGGAGGAAUCAAGAUUGUUCCACGGUCAUGAGAAGCCUCACUUGUUGGCAAAUCAAGUCGCUAUGUCCCUGUCCAGGCCAGCUCCUGCCUCCAGGCCUCUGCCCACGGUGGUGUUAGCACCUCAGCCUAUACCAGGUGGUUGCCACAGCAGCCUUAAACCUGUCAGCAGCAGCCCCACCAUUGCCAUCGCGGCUGCCGCCACAGCCAUGGUCUCCAUGGACCCUGAGGGACCUGGAGGCCCAUCACCAUCCAGUGUGCAGCCCUGCCACUUCCUGACGCUGGCACCCAUCAAAAUACCCCUGCGGACCAGUCCCUUCUCUGAUAAAAGCCUAGAGCGCAGCCUCGCGCCCCGCCCUCCCGCUCUGAUGCUGCACGCAGACAGGAAGAGCCCAGCCGGGGACGAAGGAGACAAGGAGCCUCCAUCGAUCCUAGUGACAGGAGAGGACAGUGCAGCAAAAGGCAACAGACCCGUCGCCUCUACCCCGGUGCCCGGAUCCCCCUGGUGUGUGGUCUGGACAGGUGACGAUCGGGUUUUCUUCUUCAACCCCACGAUGCAGCUGUCUGUCUGGGAGAAGCCAGUGGACCUGAAGGACCGUGGAGACCUCAACAGGAUCAUCCAGGACCCGCCCCACAAGCGAAAGCUGGAGGCGCCACCAGCAGACCACAGCGAUGGGUGGAGCUCUGAAGACGGCAGGGAAGACCCAAACGUGAAAACCAAGAGGAAUCGGACGGAAGGCCGCGUGAGUCCCCGCAUGAGUCCUGGGCCAGAGGAGGCGGAGACAGAGGACAAAGUCAGCAAGACACCGCCACCCCAGAUCCUCCUGCCCCUGGAGGAGAGGGUGACCCACUUCCGAGACAUGCUACUGGAGAGAGGGGUGUCAGCGUUUUCUACCUGGGAGAAAGAAUUACACAAAAUCGUGUUUGAUCCGCGCUAUCUCCUGCUAAACUCUGAGGAACGUAAACAGAUAUUUGAACAGUUUGUAAAGACAAGAAUAAAAGAAGAAUACAAGGAAAAGAAGAGUAAAUUGCUGCUAGCCAAAGAAGAAUUCAAGAAACUUCUAGAAGAAUCUAAAGUGUCACCCAGGACCACAUUUAAGGAGUUUGCCGAGAAGUACGGCCGGGACCAGAGGUUUCGACUUGUUCAAAAAAGGAAGGAUCAGGAGCAUUUUUUCAACCAAUUCAUACUUGUUCUGAAGAAACGGGACAAGGAAAACAGACUCAGGCUUCGGAAAAUGAGAUGAAUGUGUGGAGAGUGCAAUAAGACUG